CCGGUUCUAUGGGCCCGAUUUGCUCGUUAUAUUUUUGCUCGUCAGAACCGAGCGAACACUUGUACUAGUUACCGAUACAAACCGAAAUAUUCGGGUACGAGUUCUUAAAAAAAAAGGUGGUCACACGACUACGAGUCGAAGACCUACCUACCCACGACGAGGCCACGACCAGACCACGAGUCCAACCAGAAAGGAAAAUCAGGAACCUGUUCCGCCGUUCCGGUUCACACGCACUCUGCCGGGUGUCCGGGACAUGAGAGCCAAUCCGAGGCUUGCACCCACACCGAAGCUUCUGCGCGUACGUGGCGCGGCGUUUUAAGGCAGGGCCGGCGAGCAGUUGCUGCCUGGAUGCCUGCUACUAUACUACCGCGCGCGCGCAGGACAGGUCAAACCAAACCCGCGAGUCGCGACGCCGCACCCCCCGCCCCACGUCCCCCUCAACCGUCCGACGGCUUCAACGCGGCGAAGCAACCACAGACGAGCUGCUAGCUGCCUGGCCGCGUGUCCGCACCCGCACCCGCAUCCGCUUCCCUUCCCAUAAAAAAGACUCCGGCGCGCAGCCCCACCGCCUGAUCACCGGGGUCGCCCGUUCGUCUUGUCUAGCGACCAGCGCGCCCAGGCCGCCCGGCCAUGGAGAAGAAGCUGCUGCUGCCGCUGGCGGUGGCGCACAAGCACGCGCACGGAGGCGGCGGGGAGCGGCCGUGGGCGCGGCCGUGGCGGUGGGCCAAGACCGCCUUCUUCGUCGCGGCGAUGCUGGCAUCGCUCCUGCUCGUCUGCGCGCCGCCGCUGCUCGUCGUGCUCCUCGACCUCGCGCUCCCGCCGGCGCUCCUCCUCCGCGGCGGGGAUGGCGGCGGCGGCUCGCUCGCGCUGGCGGUCGUGGCCCAGGCGCGGGCGUUCGACUUCCGCUCCUCGCUCGUCGACCUGCCCGCCGUCUCCGCGGCGCGCGCGCUGCUCAUCCUCUGCGCGUACGUGGCGUGCGGCGGAGGCGGCGCGUACCUAGGGGUGGUGGUGGCGUGCGCGGCGGGGUCCGUGUGCUACGUGCUCGCCAAGGCCGCGGCCGUGCUGCCGCGCCGCGCCGCGGGUGGCGCUCGCGCCGUAGCCGCUGCCGGCGGCCCGGAGGCCAUGCUCCUCCUCUCCCUGGCGCUCGCCGCCGCGCACCUCGCCGUGGCGUACCGGACCAGCUGCCGCGAGCGCCGCCGAAUGCUCGUGUACAGGAUCGACGUUGAAGGCGCCGUGAGGUUAAAAGGAGGCCAUCAAACACCCAAAGGGCCCAAGCAGUAGUGUAGCGUCUGACACUCCGUUCCCAUCAUCACACACGUGCGUAGGCGCCCGAAAGAUUGAUUUCCAUUUUAGGAGCAAAUUUUGGUUGAGUUGUACGCUAAGAUACAUUUGUUACUCGUGUAAACUACUGUCACUGCCACAAGUGAACAUACUGUAAGUACCAAACGGUCGUAUGCUAGCUCAUUAUCAGCAUUUUAUUGCCCCGGCCUCCUGCAGCUGCGACGCAGACGCAGGACGAGCCGUGUUGGACGCCCGGUCGGCCUCCUGCAGUUUUUUUUUUUUUUUUUUGCGUGCGUGUAUAGGUACAAUCGCAGCUGCAGUUUACAUGUGUCCCUUCUGGAAAAACGAGACUUGGACGUGUGUCCGAAGAUACUAAUCAGUAGCUGCACAUAAUAAAACGAUGCAGGCUGUACCGACCCCGGCCGGUUCAGAGAAA